AUGGUGAGAACCCCCGUGUGUGACAAAAAUGGACUCAAGAAAGGAACAUGGACUCCGGAGGAAGACAAGAAGUUGGUUGAUUAUAUUACUAGGUAUGGCCACUGGAACUGGCGUCUUCUCCCCAAGUUCGCAGGUCUUGCCAGAUGUGGAAAGAGUUGCAGACUUAGGUGGCUGAAUUACCUAAGGCCAAACCUCAAAAGAGGGAACUACACCCAAGAAGAAGAGGAAACUAUUAUCAAGCUGCAUCAGGAUCUGGGUAACAGAUGGUCUGCCAUAGCUGCUCAGAUGCCAGGAAGAACAGACAAUGAAAUAAAAAACCAUUGGCACACAAACCUCAAGAAACGAUCUCAAGAGUAUUCAGUCGCAGAAACUGAGGUAUCCAAGUCAAAGGACCAAUCCCCAACUCAACUAAAUUCAGAUCCUUUCCAAAGCUUUCAAACCACACAAGAAUCUUCACCAUUGUCUCAGCAUUCUUCCUCCACAACCUCAGGGUCUACCAGCAACGAAAACCUCUCUCUCGAAGAUGAAUUUGCCUUUCUUGAUGCAGACGCUGGUCUUGUGAGUGGAAACUUCUGGGUAGAACCAUAUCUGCUUGAGCUUGAUAUUUCCUACGACUUGAGUGAACCCGAGCACUUUUGUCCAGUCUUUGAUGCAGAACUUUGGAGCUAUGAUAACUAA